AUGCCUGCCUACGGUCGCGGUGGCGCGGGUAACAUAGAAGCCCUCAAAGCGGCACAAACAAGUAACUCAACGAACGAGAAGAUUUCUGCCGAUAUCGAACGCCAGCAACAAGACGCCUCUGCAGAAGCCUACGCAGGCACCGCCCACCCAGCUCUUCAUAACCAACAAUGGGCCCAUACAGGUCGGGGCGGCCAAGGAAACUACUACUCUCCUCGUGAAUUGCUUGCGACUGGCAAAUUCGAAGGCGUAGACACCAGCAACGUUUUGGGCGACGGUACACCAGCCCCCAAAGGUGACAAAGCCGUCAGAGCUGGCCGCGGAGGCGUUGGAAACUUCUUCGGUGGUGACGAGGGAGAAGCUGAGAAGCUGAGAGCGAAGAAAGAGGAUGAGGCUAGGAAGCAAGAGGAAUUGAAAAAGGAGGUUGAGAAGGGGGUCGACGGGUCUUUGUCGAGGCCUGAGAAGGCUAGGUUGCCCGGUGGUGAACCCUUCUAG